UGGGGCAUCAUUUGUUUUGCAUGCCAAGGCGCGUGGGCGGCGGACGCAGAGGAAAGCGGAUGAACAGGGCCAGCUCCGAAUGCCUCUGGUUUUCUUCGAUUUCUUGUUGUUUGUUUGCAAUCGUGCAGAGCACAGAUCUGCGUUUUCUUCAUUCGUCGAAUUCUUGAUUCGUCAUAGGCAUAUAUCCCCGAAUCUAUACACAUUGUCCGUAUAUAUAAAUAUACAAGCGUAUGGCUACGUCUUGCUAUAUCUCAUUAACCCCCCUUCCCCCUCUGUAUAUGGGUACAUCCUUGAGACAACGGGCUUGGAGUUGGCAAGCCACUGGUUCUACCCCUCGAGGUUUCCCUUGCAUUUGUACCUAUGUUUUCUUUUCAACUUGAGACUGGCUUGGGGCUGUCAGAUUUUGCUCGAUAUAAUAAACAUAAACAGAAAUACAGUCAAUGACACUUGAAACUUAUGUGAUUAAGGAACCCAACCUUAUACUUUGCCUUGGUUAAACUCCUUGCUUGGGCUUCACAAAACUCGGCCUUAUAGACCUAAAAUUAUUUGGCCUGCACACGCAGGCCGUAGCUUAUCGAGUCCGUCGGAUCAGGUGGAGAGUGCUCGCUUGGCGGUGGGUGGGCGAUGUUUGGUGAGUCACCCAGCCGACUUCCAAGUUGUCGUGGAGCCACAAGCCCACCUUAAGGCGAUAAGAUAAUGCCGGGUAGCCGUGCAGCCAGAUUAGAUAUUAGUUUCAGUGCGGUUUCAAUGAGGCCUAGCCAGGGGUUUUCCUCUCUUCGCUUCUUUCCCUUGGCGAAGAGAGGGCGCGAUUGGGCAGGUUUCAUCCAAGGUUUAAAGCAACAACUGUGAGCAGUGAAAAAAAAACAGAACGAGCGUUCAGCUAUAAACGAUAUCAAACCCAAUAGGAAGAAACGCACACAAAGAGCCGAAAACAAAGUCUUCGGCAGAGAGCGCUGAGUGGGACGGAGACGGGAAGAGGCAAUAGCGAGCGGGACAGCGAGCGGCUGGCGGUCAGCGGCGUCGGACAAGUAGUUGAAAAUAUUGCGCAUACGCCGCGUGAACCGGAGGCACAGAGCAGAGCAGCAAGCCGCGCGUUCUUCGUUCUGCAUCGCACAAAUACAGCUUCGAAAAAGCCAGCAGAGAAGUGGGGUGCAAGGAAACACAUUAGGCAUCGAGGAGGAGAAGGAGAAGAAGGAGGAGGAGUAGGAGGAGGGCCGAGGAUCAGCGGCUGCGAAGAAAGUCCAUUUCAAAGUGCAGCCGGCCACAAAUCCAGCUUCACGACGUCUUGCAAACGGCUGAAAAUGGAGAAGACUCCCCGGUACACGCAGCGGGAGCGAAACAUGGUGUUGAGCUACGCGGCGCAGUACAAGGAUGUGAUCGAGAACAAGCGCACGGACGCGGAGUCCAACCGCAAGAAGGACGAGGUGUGGCUGCAGAUCGCCAAGGAGUUCAACUCGCGGGUCUACCACCAGCGCAGCGCUAAGCAGUUGCGCCAGCUGUACAAGAACAUGAAGCUGCUGCUCAAGAAGGACCUAUGCGGCGAGGACAAGAGCAACCACUCGUUCAUGGACCUGCUCAACACGCUGUCGCACCAGGAGUCAGUGGCCCAGUACAUUGCCGAGCAGCUGUCGCCGGAGGGCGCGGGCGGAGGCGGCGGCGGCGGUAAGCAGGGUGGAGCGGGCAACGGAGGCGGAAACGGACACCAUGCGGACGACUACGACGACUCCAAGUAUCAUUUAUUUUCCUCACACUUGCAGAUGCCCCUCUACCACGAGGGCAUGGACACGGACGUGAUCCUUAUCAAGUCGGAGACGAUCAGCGACAACGAGCAGACGGACAAUGGUAUGGACUGCCUGGACGAGGACGAUGACGACGACUGCUUGAGCCCCAAGGCGCCGGAGGUGUGCCUCGAGGAGGAGGACGACGUGCUCUUUCCAACGGACCUGCGCCAGCUGCAGCAGGUGGGAUCGUCCGGUGCCGCCGGCGGUGGGGUCUCCGCAGGCUCCCUGCCCGGAAACAUGUCCAGCAACGGGAUCACCGAAACCAGUCGCCGCGCCGCAAGCUCGCCCGUGUGCUCCACAAAGACUUCGAUUAGCUCCAGCGGAAGCUACGCAUCGCCGCCCAAGCCGGACAUCACUAUCCAGACCGUGGGCCACAUACGCGUGGGCAGCUUUGCCAACAUCAACAAGACGCUGCAGAACGGCGGCUCCGGCACAGGAACAGUCCUAUCAGCGGCCAGCAAUGGCGGCACCAGUGCCAGUGGAGUGCUGCCGCUCACAGCGGAGCAAGUGCAGCAGCACACCCUGCUGAACGGCCUGGGAUUGUCCGCCGUGAACCCGGCUCAGUCCCUGCAGGCGGCCAUCAAUGCCGCCUAUGUGUCCGCCGCUCCAACUUCAUCGGUCGCCAUUAGCAGCCGCCGCACCCCGCCCACUCUGCAGCUGCCACGCCUUCAGCGCGGAAACAUCAACAAUAGCCACCACACUGCCGGCAGCACAAGCAACUCCGCGGUGGCCGCCAAUGGAGUGCAACUGCUGCUCAACGGCGGCCACCACGCACAGAUGACGCACAACCAUCUGGCGCGGGACAAGACGGGCGGCGUGGCCAUCGGGGCGGCGGGCAGUUUCAACGGCUACAACGGACUGGCAGUGUCGGGCACGGUGUGCGGCGCCUUAAACAGCAGCGGAUCCGGAGCCGGAAGCGGCGGGAGCAGUGCCAACAGCAGCGGCGUGGGCCUGGGCAUCGGCGGGGCACACACGUCAGGCGGCGGAGGCAGUGGCAGCGGUGGGACGAGGAGCCAGCACCAGGAGCUGAUCAAUUCGCUGAGGAUCGAGGAGAGCAAGCGAAAAAUCGACCUGAUCAACGCCCAAAUCGAAUACUGGCAGACGCUCACCCGCAAGUUGAACAGUCAGGCGAAUCACAUGCCUAAUCCCGCGUGCCCGUGCCACUUCCCCGGAGCCAGUGUACCCUCGCCCGUCGCCGUGACCACCGCUAGUGCCUCAUCGCCCGCCUCCACCAAUGUCUUGCAGACGCAGGCCAGCACCAGCUAGUCCGCAGCGAAGGGACGGUUCGAACCAGUCGGGGGUCCUGCGGACGGAAGCGAAAGCGACAGCGACAUCAUCUCGAUUGUGGACAUAGAUGAUGGGCAGUCUAGGGAGGAGGAGCAGUCGGAGGACGAUGGCGAGGAUGGUCACGACCAGGCCAUAACAGAUCUGACGCUACCCGACGAAGACGAGGAGGACGAUGUAGACGAAGAUGACUCACAGGAUGCCUUGGUCAGGGAUGUGGGCGUGGUGGGCGGCAUGUCGUCGCCAGAUACACCGCCCCACUCCUCUCCGCCGCCAGCGAAGCGCUCGAAGCGCCAGGAAGUCACCUCCGAGCUUCUGAGGCAGCUGGCCCUGCAGCAGAAUCAGGAUCCCCAGGAGGGGUGCUAGUAUUUUGUGUAGUUUGCUAAUUUUCUACUUGCAUGCCAUGCAUUGACGCAACCACUUUGAAACAUUAAUAUUACCAUAUAUAUUUAUUUACGCCCAGUUUGAGUGCCAAAACAAAAACCAAGAUUGGGGCCUUGCCAUCGAGAAUGCUUGCCAAAGGACCUGCUGAAACAACCGGUCACACCCACUCGCGACCCACUAUUUAUUUGCCAGCCUAACUGAAACAUAGCGAUUAAUUUUAUUUUAAAGUUUCUUGCGUCGCCUUUUUUUAUUGCCUUUUUUUUUAUACAUGUAACGUGUUUAUUUUUAAGUUUUCCUACGAGCUGCUACCAAAAAGAAUAAGAAGGUGACUAUCUUGAAUGUACAUUUACUUUACAAAACUAGACCUUACUUAAUUAGAUCGAGCAGCUAAGAACGCAUGAAAAUGAAAUGUACAAAUGUGGUUCCUAAUCUAGUCCCUAAAGUCAAAAGUGAAGAACGAAAGAGCUACAGAAAAGAAAGCGAAAUUGUUACGCCUAGCCGAGUACUUGUGUAUUAUUUUUUUAUAUCGCCCAGAUUGUUCCCCCGAGGAAAGCGUUGAAGGAACUGUAGCUAAUUUAUGUAUGUACUUAAAGAACCAGUGAAACCAAACCAAUGAUUUGAAAUGGUGUAAAGAGGAGAAACUUGCUAGUCGCCGCUGCAUAACUGUGUAAGUGUGGCACACAAACCAUUUAGUUAGUGUUAGUGCUACUGUACGUGUAAAAUACAAUUAAUUGCCUAUCCAGACCCAGUAACCACAAUUUACAAGGAAGCACACACCAAACGAAACUGAAAACCAAGAAAACAAACCAAACAAAACUAUUUAUACAAUUUUGUAAACAAGAACUUAUUAAUAAAACAAUGAAUUUACUUUGUGGCCCA